CUUCGUUAAUAUUUCAUCAUCUUCAUAAUUUGUCUGAUCUUUCUAUCAUUUUUUUUAAUUAAUAAGUUUACUUUGUACAACAAAGAGCACGAAAAUACUAAUAUUCCACCGCCUUUUUGAUCACGAACACAAAAAUUGUUUUAAUUUCAUACAGAAUUUUUUUUUACACUUUUACCGGCAUUUUCUUUAUUUUCCGAAAAGCUAUUUUGUGAAAAGAUUUGAAUAAAUAUAGUUUUGUAUUCGCACUAUCAUAAUUAUCAUCCAUAAUGCCUGCCGCUGCCAAUGUUGAACGAAUCAAUGCUGAAUCUGGUGGUAAUCAACAACAGAAUAGCAAGAUUGUUGCAAACAAUAACAAUAAUUGUAAUGUUGUUCAAGAACCUAACAAAAUUGUAAACACAAUAAUCGAAAAAAAGAUUCGUAACCUGGAAAAACGAAAGGCUCGUUUACUCGAAACCAAGGAUAAAGCUGAAAAAGAAACAUUAGCUAAGGAACAACUUGAUGCAGUAAAAAAACUCGAUUCCGUUGUCGAAAUGAUCGACAUGCUUAAAGAGAUCAAUAAAAAUAUUCACGACAAUCUCAAUGAUUAUGCCAAACAACAAAAGAAACAACAGAAAAAGGAACAACAAGAAAAAUUGAUCGAAAGAAACCAAUGUGAAUUGGAACGAAUCAAGUUAUUUCUUCGUAUCCAGAAAAUUUUGCCUUGUGUUACAUAUCUCAAACAACAUUACAAACAAGAGGAUUCAUCGAAUAACAAUGAUACUGAUAAUGUUUCCAAAAUCCAUUUUGAUGACAAACAUAUUGAUGCAUUGGAAAAUCUGGCACAAUUUUCAAAAGAUUCGAAUGCUGAUCUUGAUGAAUUUGCCGAAAAAGUUCAUCUGAUCCUCGACGGUAGUAAGAAAGAAUUUUCGAAUGGAAUCACUCAUUUGGAAAUGAAGGAAAUGUGUGUCAAAAUUAUUGAGAAUAAAUGUCUUGAUAAUAUCCAUUCUACAUCCAAACCUGAAAUUUCAGACGAACCAUCAGUGGAUUCAAGUAAUGAUGAUUGUUCUGAAGUGAAGGUGACCGAUGUCUCUACUGACGAAUCUCAAUCAAAGACCAACGAAAAGCCUCAGUUAGCCAAUGUUGAUUCCGAAAAUCAUAUGCAAUCUUCAUCCGCUGCAUCAGCAAAACCACAAGUGGAAACUGAUUUGCAAAAGGAUCCUGCUGUCAUCGCAUCCGGUUUUGCUUAUCCAUCUUUCACAAACGGAAAUUGUCCUGUUAAUUUUCUCCCAGCGACCAAUACAGGAAUAGAAUAUUCCCCUUUACUUUUACACCAAGCUGUUGGUUCGAUUCCAUCACAAACCUUCACUAAUCAGAACUAUGUUAACUUCAUUCCUAACAAAGUUCCAAUUUUCGAUCCUUCUGUUCCGGUGGUUUCUAGCAAUCAGGCUUCAAUUACGGACAUAAUGCCUUGUAAUCCAGUUGAACAAAAUCAAGAUUCUACUAAUAAAUUCAAUGGUCCGAUGAAUGAUAAAAUUGACCUAGCUGAAAACGUGGAAAAACCGGAAAAUUUUAAUAAUGGAGAUAUAACUAGUCAGCAAGAGAAUGAUUCCAUCAACAAGAAUAACGAUUCGUCUCAAGUAAUGAAUGGUCAUAGCGGUUACCCGAAACGAUCAAAUUAUCGUGGUCGAGGUGGAAGUGGCGGAAGAGGAAGUUCAUCUUUUCGUGGUGGUCGUCCUACUAAUCCCAAAAAUUUUGGUGGCUAUUUUAGCGGUGGUAGUGGACACCAAACUAAUCCAGUAAAAAAUUUCAAUGGAACAAAUCGACCAUUGAUUCGUCAGAAUGGUGGUAGUCGAGGAUCAUAUCGUGGUUCAAACGAACGAGGUAAUGGAGUUAAUCGUAAUCAUUUCAAUCCGAAUAUUAACAAUCAACAACCACAAGGACCAAGUGCCGCAUUUGCUUUGAAACCAUAAUUUCAUGUUGGAAAUGAAGUGUAAUAUAUCUACAUCUAAAAUACGGAAGAUGGUUUUGCUCAAACCAUUUAAUAAUUAAAAUGGCGAUAAAUUUCCUUUGGUAU